AUGAGCGCUGUGUCGGAGAAGGGACCAACAGAGCUGGGCGCUGAUCCCCUCAACUUCAUCUACGCCUGCUCGGUGUGUUGCGCCUCCUUCGCCGAUGUCUACGAAGGCCACAACGAGACAGUCCGUGGCCUGUCAGAUGGUAUCAACCCAAAAGAGCGCCUUGUGACGCGCCUGUUCCUCGCCAGUUGCUGUCAUGUCUUCUGCAGCAGUCAUUUGGAGGGCGGCGCCGGACAGCGACCCCAAUCACCCUGUCCCGUCUGUAUCAAAGAGAAAGGCGACAGUGAGCCGCGCGAUCUCUUCUCGAUACGCGGCUUCAAGAAAGAUGAAUACGAUCCUAACAUUCCGCUCGCAUGGUUCACCGCGCCUCCCAUCCGCCUCGAUGGUAGCGGGAAAGAGAUGGAGGCAUUGCGCUAUAUUGCGCUUAUUCGAUACUGCCAGAACACAUAUGCGACUCGCAAGCCCCUUCAAGAAGCCUUGACCAAUAUGGAGAAGAAACUGGCUAGUGUGCAGGAUCUUGCCUCCAAGGAACACGCGAAAGUCGUUACACUCCAGCAAGAGAACGAGCGACUACGACUGCAGAAGGACCAGUUUCAAGCCAUGAAAGCCGAGGUUCAGCGACUCCAGGGUCUCGAUGAAGAGGUUGCGCAUUUUCGCGAUGUCAACCCAAAGGACCUCGCAACAUUCCUGGCAAACAAGUCAGCAAUUCGCCAUUACUUGAAGCUUGUGCCUAUGCUAGUCGAGUAG